UGGGCCGCGGCUGCUCUCGGGGGCCGAGGCGAGCGAGAGUGGGAUUCGCUGGGGCUGGAGCGGCCGAAGAGACCGCGCAACAGAUCCUGAUGAUGGAGGCCGGCUCCGUGGUACGGGCUGUCUUUGACUUCUGCCCCAGCGUCUCUGAGGAGUUGCCACUGUUUGUGGGGGAUGUCAUAGAAGUGCUGGCGGUCAUAGAUGAGUUCUGGCUCCUUGGAAAGAAGGAAGGAGUCACAGGACAGUUCCCGAGUAGCUUUGUGGAACCUGUGGAUGUCCCUGCUUUGAAGCAAGGGGAGAAGCUGUUUGUCUGUACCAGUAACUUUACUUCCCAGGAGCCUGGCAACCUGACCUUGCAGAGAGGAGACCUGGUGAUUCUGGAUGGUCCGGUGGCCUCUCCGUGGCUCCAAGGCCGGAGCUGCUGGGGAGCCAGAGGCUUCUUCCCAUCAUCCUGUGUGCGAGAACUCGGCCUCUCCGCCUUUGGUCCUCGAUCCCCUUAUGGCAUCACCCUGGAGACGCCGCCCUACGCCCUGGGCCAGGCCCGAGCGCUGAUGGGCCUUUCAGCCCAGCUGGAGGAGGAGCUGGACUUCCGGGAAGGGGAUGUGAUCACCAUCGUUGGGGUCCCUGAGCCUGGAUGGUUCGAGGGGGAGCUUGGGGGUCGCCGAGGCAUCUUCCCUGAGGGGUUUGUGGAACUCUUGGGUCCCCUGAAAGCUGAGAGCAACCCUGAGGAGCCAGCAUCAUUCGAAAUCCACAGCGUUAACGGCGUGCAAGACCCGUAUCCCCAGGCAGAGAAGGAGGCAUGGAGUGAUGGGGAGGAGGUGCCGGGGCCUUACGGAAUUGCUCUCUAUCAGUUCCAAGCCCUGGAGUCAGCGGAGCUGGACUUUGAGGUGGGGGACCGGAUCCGGAUUCUGGAGGUCCUGGAAGAUGGCUGGUUGGAGGGGGAGCUUCGAGGAAGGCGGGGCAUCUUCCCCCACAGGUUUGUGAGGCUGGAGGAGAGUAGCCCCCCCUCCAGGGAGAACUGGGAGCCUGGGUGCCUGCCGAAGAGGGUGGACUCUGAGGCAGGCAGUGCCUGCAAAGCAGCCCCCCCUGGCGUGUGGGAGGAGCCUGGAUGGAGCUCAGUCCAUCCUGGGGAGGAGUCUGGUCACCUUGCGAUGAGGCAGGAGGGCCCUUUGGAUGCUGAGCUCCAACGGGGCGGAAUGCGACACUACCAAAAUGGAGGCUGCCUGGGAUCUCUUCCCUCUGGUGUGUCGGGCUCUCCCUCUGUAGAUUCUUCCAAAACUGUAAAUGGCAUUUCUUGUGUCCCUCGGCCUCCGCUCCAGUCAAAGAACCAGCUCGGUGACCACAUGAGUGGCCCAGCGCUCAGCCAGAGCCCAAGGACCUCGCGGGGCCCUUCAGAGGCCUGCAAGGCCUCGGAGUGGGAUGGAGACACUCGCAGCCUCUCCCACGAUGGUGUUCUUUGUGAGGACAUGCCUGCUUGCACAGAAGUCCAGCGUCGGAAACCCAAAUCCCGCUCAUCCAGCUUCAGUGGGACACAUGAGGGCCUGGAGACGUGGCCUGUUCUUCGGGGUGCCCGGGCUGAGCGCCCCCAAGGGGUGCUCCAUGGGGAGAGCUGUGGGGACCUCGAUUCCAAGCUGACAGAGCAGCUAGCCCAGUUUGAACAAAGCCUGGCCCAUCCCGUUGGCCACACCGGCUAUUGCAGCCCCCAGCAGGAUAAUGUCUCCCGGCAUUUUUCCAUCCUGGACUUCAGCUCGGAGAAGGACAUUGUGCGUGGUUCAGUGGAGCACACCCCACACAGAAGAAAGGUUUUGCGGCCACCACCUCCUCGGCCUAGGACUCCUGUCUCUGCCCCCAAAACCACACCUCCGCCUCAGGCUCUCCCAACCUCCGUGCGGCCUUCCAGGCCAGCCCCGCUGCCCCCUGCAGGCAGCCAGAGGAGGAGUCUGGCAUCAGCAAAGCCACCCUCGGGGAGCAAAGAGGGGCACGGCAGCACCAACGAGCCUGGGAGUGCACCUCAAUGUCUUUUCCUGCUGAAUCGCCUCCAGGAAAUGGAGCAAGAACUGGAUGUUUACAAAAAGACUCGGGCAGAGCACAGCGCAAUGCUGGAGCAGCCACAGGAUGAUCUUGGGCGAGCCGAGACUCUGGAAAACCUAGACUUCUGCGACUGCAAAAUAGCAGGCCUGUGCCUGGAGCUGCAAGAGCUGAGGGAAAUGACCCUGCUCUCCUCCCAGCCAGCGUCCCUGGACUCUGCAGCCGCCACUCCGAACCCAGAGCAAAGGAUGUUGGAGAAGAGGGCAAAGGUCAUUGACGAGCUGCUGCAGACGGAGCGGGAUUAUAUCCGGGACCUCGAGAUGUGUGUGCAGAAGGUCCUGGUGCCAUUGCAGGAGGCUCAGGUUCCGCAUGUCGACUGUGAGGGGCUGUUUGGGAACAUCUAUGGGGUAAUUUCCUUCUCCAAGCAGCUGCUGAGCACCUUGGAAGCUGCUGAUGCUGUGGGACCAACAUUUCUGGCGCUUCGGGCUGAGCUGGAGGCCGUGUACAAAAUGUUCUGCCACAACCACGACGAGGCCAUUGCGCUCCUGGAGGCCUAUGAAAAGGAUGAGAAGGUCCAGAAGCACCUGCUGGGGUCUCUGGAGGUCCUCAGGAGUCUGUAUAGCGAAUGGGGCUGCACCAACUACAUUGACCUGGGCUCCUUCCUGAUCAAGCCCGUGCAGCGGGUGAUGCGCUACCCGUUGCUGCUGAUGGAGCUCCUGAGCGCUACGCCCGAGUCUCAUCCUGAUCGCGCUCCGUUGGCAGCCGCCGUCCUUGCGGUCAAGGAAAUCAACGGGAACAUCAACGAGUACAAACGGCGAAAGGACUUAGUGCUGAAGUACAGGAAGACGGAUGACGACAGCCUCAUCGAGAAGAUCUCCAAGCUCAACUUCCACUCCAUCAUCAAGAAAUCCAAUCGGGUCAGCAGCCAUCUCAAGCACCUCACGGGGUUUGCGCCCCAACUCAAGGAUGAGGCUUUCGAGGAGACCGAGAAGAAUUUCCGGAUGCAGGAGCGGCUAAUUAAAUCGUUCAUCCGGGACCUUUCCCUCUACCUUCAGCAUGUCCGGGAGUCGGCCUGCGUAAAAGUGACGGCGGCGCUGAGCAUGUGGGACCUGUGCAUGGAGAAGGGCAGCGCCGAGUUGGAGCAGUUCCAGAAGGUGCAUCGCCUCAUCAGUGAUCAGCUCUUCUCUGAUUUUAAGGAGCGCACGGAGCGGCUGGUGAUCUCCCCUCUGAAUCAGCUGCUGAACAUGUUUGCUGGGCCUCACAAACUGGUGCAGAAGCGCUUUGACAAGCUCCUGGACUUCCACACUUGCACGGAGCGGGCCGAGAAGCUGAAGGACAAGCGGACCUUGGAAGAGCUGCAGUCGGCACGCAACAACUACGAGGCCUUGAACACCCAGCUGCUGGACGAGCUGCCCAAGUUCCAGAGCUGCGCCAAGGCGCUCUUCACCGGCUGCCUGCGUGGCUAUGCGGAGGCGCACUGCGACUUUGUGCGCCUGGCGUUGCGGGAACUGCAGCCUCUGCUCUCGCUGCUGCAAGUGGCCGGCCGAGAGGGCAACCUCGUGGCCAUCUUCCAGGAAGAGCACAGCCGGGUCCUCCAGCAGUUGCAGGUCUUCACCUUCUUCCCCGAGAGCAUCCCCGCUGCCAAGAGGCCCUUCGAGAGGAAAAGCCUGGAGCGCCAGUCAGCACGGAGGCAGCCGCUUCUGGGCAUGCCCAGCUACAUGCUGCAGUCAGACGACCUGCGUGCGGCCCUGCUGGCCCGGUACCCCCCUGACAAGCUCUUCCAGGCUGAGCGCAACUUCAACGCAGCUCAAGAGCUGGAUGUUUCGCUGCUGGAGGGAGACCUUGUGGGGGUCCUCAUGAAGAAGGACCCCAUGGGCAGCCAGAACCGCUGGCUCAUUGACAAUGGAGUGACCAAAGGCUUUGUGUACAGCUCCUUCCUGAAGCCCUACAACCCGCGGUGCAGCCACUCCGAUGCCUCCGUGGGCAGCCAUUCCUCCAGUGAAUCUGAGCACAGCGGCUCUUCCUCUUCCCGGGGCAGCAGUACGCCAAGCAGCAUCCUGGGCAAAGCCGCCAUGGGCAGCCCUCAGAAAUCCCCGCAGGACUCUGGCUUCGAAGGGGAUUUGGUGAGUUCUCUUCAGGCCCUCUCAGAGGUGGAUACCGGCUGCCAGCUGCAGACAAGCCCUGCUGCAGAGUCUGCACCGCCCCCCCGUGUGGUUCCAGCAUCCCGGCGAUACAGUAACCCUGACCCACGCAACGGACACUCCGCCAGGCCCAAGGCUAAGGCCACGCCCUCCCUGGAGGAAGGCAACCCAAGGCUGAAGAGCAGCGAGUGUAAGGGUAACCAGGUCUAUUAUGCUGUUUACAGCUUCAAGGGCAGGAACUCAAACGAACUGAGCGUAACAGCCAAUCAAAGACUAAAGAUCCUGCAGUUUGAAGACAUCACUGGCAAUCAGGAGUGGUGGCUGGCAGAGGCACACGGGAAGCAGGGCUACGUGCCAUCCAGCUACAUUCGGAAGACGGAGUACACGUGAGGCACGUGUGCGGCGACGCCAGAAACGGGUGCCUUAAUCGCUCUCAGAACUAGACAGAGAACCUACUGUGUCUUCCUGCCCCGUUCCCUUGAUGGGUUUAGAUACCUUUGGUGGCGAGUCAGGCCAGGUUUCCAGCAAAGUUGAACUGAGGUGCUCCCAUGGGAUUCUCUGGGUUACGAUGCAGAGCCUCAUGGCCUGGCCUGAGCAGCGGCAGCAGCGGUUCCCUCUUCGCUUCCCCUUCGCAGUGCUGUGUGAAGUUCACUCCCCCUUGACGUAGGUGUUUAGUCCCCUUUGACUAACAGGGUUGCAAACUGGCUGGGGAAAGUGCAACGAAGAGGCACCUGGCAGACAGCAACCAAGGGGGCUGGGCUGAGAGGGGCCAGAGCAGAACAAGAACCCUGCUGGAUCGGUCCAGGAACCCAUCGAGUCCUGCCUUCCCCAGCCUGGAAGCCCUCCAGAGGUGUCGGACUGCAACUCCCAUCAUUGGGGAAUGGUGGGAGUUGAAGACCAAUAGCUCCAGAGGGUGCUAGGCCGGGCAAGGUUGUUCCAGGCCAGGCUUCCGCUUCCCACCAUGGCCUCCCUGAUGCUUCCAGGAAGCCCAUCCUGGGCCGUAAAGGCGAAAGUGCUCUCCUGCUGCUUGUUCCCUAGCAGCUGGUAUGCAGAGGUGCAUAUUGUGGCUGACCUUAAGGUUUGAUUUAGCUGCCACGCCAAGAAACUGUUGCAAGGCCUGUCCUUCAUGAAACAAUUGCAGGGCUGCUGGCCUCUUGUUCAGGGCUAGGUCCAAUAGAACAGGCUGCAAGUCUCUUUCCUUACAGACCAUAGUAUCGCCUGCGAGGGUAUUAGCCGCCAAAAAGGACGUAUUCAGAGGGCCGCUGCACAGACUCUCUUUGUCUCAGUGUUACUUGGCCUUGGCUCCUGCAGGGCCAAUUAGGGCUCCUUUGCUCAGUGGCAGAGGAGUCUGGUGCUUGCCUUGGAUGCUGCAAUGUCCAUGUGGGAGGGUAAUGCCGGGACUGCGUAGUCCCCUGGGUACCAGUCCGAAUUUGACAAAUUUGGACUGGUGGGGUGCAGAUUCCUGCUCAGGAGAGAAUGUAAGAGCUGUAUUUUGCCUCCUGAAUGAUGACUCCUGAGCUGCUGUUUUGUAAAUAAAAAAUCUUUCUUGAAA